AUGAGAUUUGGAUAUAAUAAUAAUAUAAAUAUUUCUAAAAAUAUAUCUAAAACAUGGAUAAAUAAAAAUGUAGAAUUAAUUAAAAAAAUAUUAUAUGAUAACAAAGGAAUAAAAUUUCUACGUCGUUGGUUUAAAAAAAGAGUUGAUUUUAGAAAUAGAAUAAAAUUAAAUCAUUUAAAAUUGGAGCCAUUAUGUUGUUUACAAUCAUGUCUUAUUCGUGAAGGAUGCCUAACGAUUGCUAUAUUUGAAGGAAUCAUUAUUAUAAUCCUAUUUAUAACAUUAUUUUUAAAUUAUCAAGAUAAUGAACAAAAGAUAGAUAUAAAAAUAUUUGAAGAAAUUUCUAUUCAUGGAUUAGAAAGUUUUAAAAAUAUUAACAAAUUAUUUUUUCUUGUUUUUAAGAUAUUUAUUAUUAUUCUAUUAAUUUAUAAUAUUAUAUCAAUAAUAUUUCUGUAG